CGUCAUUGUUCGUGUUCUCAUCAGCAUAAGAUUUUCUCAAGUCUGUCAUAACCAUGUUUCGAUUACACUCUUGUUCGCUCAGGUUCCUCUAUAAAUUCGAUCCAUGGUAGAUUCCACCCACUAUAGUAUCACUAUAUUUUACAUUUGACAGGGUGGGUGUGGUUGAUGAUUUGAUGAAAAUCAAUUCGGACGUUAUCAUCAUCUGUAGCUUGGUACAGCCUAGAGCAUCUGUCAUCAUCUGCAUCUGUCCAAAAAUGGUCUGCUGGCACCAUCCAACGAAAUCGUUAACUGAAUCACAGACUCUAUCCCACCCUUGUAUGCAGCAGAAGUGGCAAUGUGAUCAAGAUUUGUCGUCCAUCACUUCAUUGUUGGCUGCCAUUUUUGAUCGUAACGGAAAUCAUUGGCUUACUAUAGCCAAGCCAGUCUUGCUUUCGAUAAUGGAGCACUUUAUGAGAGGAUGUGUUCUCUCGGAUUACGAUUGCAUAGCAUCUAGCAAUCGGUAUCGUCUUCGAUAUUUGGAAAUCUCGAUUGCCACAAUCUACUACUGUGGCUCCAACUAUGCUAUCGCCGCCAGGGCAUAUCUCGCUGCCUAUUACCACCCU